AUGGAUAACAGCUAUUACCCAUUAACGGAGGAACAACUCCAGUUCUACGAGGAGAAAGGAUACUUGCUCAUUCAUGGCUUCUUUAAUGUUCCUGAGACCAAAGUCCUACAACAGUGGACUCAGGAAGUUCACGACCUCCCAAGGACCCCAGAUGCCUCUUAUAUGCCCUAUGAGGAAGUCAAUGCCGAAGGCAAAAGGGUCCUCUGCCGCACAGAGAACUAUGCCAAUUCCCAUGCUGGCUUCGAUAGUUUUCUGCGUGGUGAGCGCAUCUUGAGCGUUCUCCGUCAGCUCGCUACUGAGGACAUGAUUCUUUUCAAGGAGAAGAUCAACUACAAACUCGCUGGUAGUGGUGGCUUCUCUCCUCAUAUCGACGCCAAUGCAUACACCCACGUCAAGAAAAUUAAGCACCUGACGGUGCUUGCUGCUGUUGACGAGAUGACCUCAGAGAAUGGUGGACUUGACGUGGUCGACGGCAGUCACCUUAUGGAGGUACCGCUUGGAGAGGACCGUUGCAUUGAGCCUGGCUGGGUCAAGAGCCAAACAUGGACGCCUUGCAAUCUACGACCAGGUGACAUUCUCGUUUUUGGCUCCUACCUUGCCCACAAGAGUGGCGCCAACACCAGCUCCAAGGACCGACGCGCAAUUUACGCCACAUACAACCGCUUGGCUGAGGGUGACCUGCACGAUCAGUAUUAUGAGGAUCGCCGUAAGCUGUGGCCUGCCACGCACAUGCGGAAAGAGGGAGAGAGGUAUGAGGAGGGCAGAAUGCGGUAUGGCUACGGCUCCCCGAUGCUGACGGUCGAGGGUCAACAGCCGGUACUCGCGUAG